AUGCUCGCCUUUCCCCAUAGCCGAAAGAAGCGGAGGAGCAGGUGGAAGAGCAGGAAGCAGGAGCUGGGCAGCGAAAGAGAGGGCCAGGUUUCAGCCGAGGUGCCCCUGGCAGAAGCUGGCCAGGUGGCACCGCUCUCCGACGGCCGAUCUUUCUGCCAACACGCCGGGGCGCGUGAGGAUGAUGCCCCAGGGCCACCGGCGCGCUGUCGGUACAGCAGCGGCGCUCUGUCCGCGGAAGCGCGGCACGCAC